GGUCAUAAUGUGUAAACCAGAUUUGCCUCAUCUUUCAGUUUUUCACAACUUGGUCUAAUCUUAAACAAUAAGUUUAUUCAUAAUAAUUUGAACCAUUGGAUUAUUUAUAAUUGUUGAUUGUGUGUUACAGUUUUAUUCAAAUCUUGUAUUUGGGAGUUAUUGCUUUUUCAAAUUUCAGUUACCAAGGCCAUAACCAAUCACAAUCUCACUCCCAUUCUUUGUUUCUUUGUCUCCUUCUGGAUUCAUCUUCAUCUUUGCAAAUUGCAAACUUUGUUUUUUUUGUUGAUAUUUUGGUUCUAAUUUAAUUAAUUUGCAACUUCAUUGUGUCGAUAAUCACCUUUAUUUUGAUUUGUGAAUCUUAUUAUGUCUGAAGGAGCCGAUGUUAUCGAAACAUGCAAACCAAGCUGUUUUCCGAAAAUUAUAGAUGAAGAAACACAGAAAGCAAUCGAUGAAGUUGAUAGCAAUUUCCUUCGAAUCUCUUUAUUUAAGCAGAAAAAUUCUGCACUCUUGAGUGAUCCUGGAGAUGAAUAUUUGAUGAGCCAUAAACGACGAGGAAAAUGUGUCAUUUUUAACCACCGAUAUUUCGAUGAAAAGUCUCUCAAUGAGAGAAAAGGGACUGAAAUCGAUGCUCAUGCAUUGAGGAAAUGUUUCAAUGAAUAUGGUUUUGAUGUAAAAACUUACGAUGAUCUUACCGUUGCUGAACUUAUUACUAUGUUGAAAGCUCUCUCUAAAGAGGACCACUCGGAUGCUGAUUGCUUCGCCUGUUGUAUAAUGACACAUGGUGAUCAAGCAAAUUUGUGGGCAAGAAAUGAUAAAUAUCCAAUUGAUCUGCUUUUCACACAUUUCACUGCCGAUAAUUGCCCAACACUCGCUGGAAAACCAAAACUUUUCUUUGUCCAGGCAUGUCGAGGAGACAAAUUAGACCCGGGAGUUAUUUUGAAAAUUGGUGGCGAUGAAACGGAUAGUGCUCGUUAUUAUACAAUACCUACUUGGGCUGAUUUCUUAAUUGCUUACUCCACGGUUCCUGGCUACUAUUCGUGGCGCAACACUCGAGAUGGAUCUUGGUUCAUGCAAUCACUUGCUGAAGUAAUGUUAAUGCAUGGUAACGAUUUAUCUUUUCUCGAUAUCAUGACAAAAGUUAAUCGUAAGGUUGCAUAUGAUUAUACUUCAUCAAUGACUAAUGACAAGAAAUUCGAUAAACAGAAACAAGCCCCUUCAACUGUUCACAUGUUGACUCGAAGACUUGUUCUUAGAUCUAAGAAAACUAAAAGUGAGGUCCGAGUAGCUGCAUCUAAUAGUGUCAAAGAUACAAACCAAGUCAUCGAGAAUAUCAACAAGCAAAUGGUAUCAACUGUAAUUGUUUCGAACAGCAGUUCCACAACAACUGCAGUAUCAACAAGAGUCAUGAACACUGCAGAAGUACAGCAAAUUCAAACUAACGCCAUAACUCAACAAGUUACAAAAGACGUAAAGAUUUAACACCAGUUUUUAUUGCAAGCUCAAAUUUUUAGAUGAAUUCAAAAAUUCUGUUUCAAGCAUCACCACCUUUAAUCUCAAUUCAAAUUCAAUUCUAUGCAUUAUUUUUGUUUCAAAAAAAACUCGAUUCUCUCUAUAUCUCUCUGCCUUUUCUGUCUCUGGUGGUUCAAUCUAUUUUAUACU